UGAUUGGUGCUUGCAAUGCGGAUUACGAUUUCUACCGAACUGUGCCGACUGAAGCCGAGGUUGAAGGAUCAGCUGACCGCGGAGCCGCGUCCUUCGAUGGGACUGUGUGUGGAUUAGAUUUAGGUUAUAAAUUAUUUGUGGACCUUCCGGACUGACCCCUGGAACCCUCCGGACACCGACAUGCCGUCGCUGUUGUUCUGCGGGCCGAAGAUGGCCGCGUGUGGGAUCGUGAUCAGCAUCUGGGGCGUCAUUAUGCUGGCCAUGUUGGGGAUUUUCUUCAGCGCCAAGUCGGCCGUGCUGAUCGAGGACGUGCCGUUCACCGAGGAGGACAUCCGGGAGGAUAAAAACCCUCCCCAGAACAUCUACAGUCUCUACAACCAGGUCGGCAUCAACUGCUUCAUCGCCGCCGCCGUCUACGUGGCGGUCGGCGCCGUCUCGCUCUGUCAGGUGCGGCUCAACAAGCGCCAGGAGUACAUGGUGACAUAGGAGCUGACCUCUGACCUGUGACUGCCCACCGCCUCUCCGUGGAGCCUGAGUUUGGUUUUGUGGAGAUUAAGGAAAAAGGGGGGCGGGGCCAAGCUUGGAUUAUUUAUUUUGAAUUUUAAAUGUUUAUUGUUGUUCACUGUUUUCAGAUGAAAUGUGAUAUAAUUCUUUUGAUUGGGUGUUUUUUUUUUUUUUGUGAACGUGACCAAACACACACACUCACACACACACACACACACACACACACACACACACACACACACACACACACAUAUCCAUGUUAUGUAACAAGGCAAUGCGUGACCGACAUUAAAACACAAACUGUUACAUGAGGAUCAAAGUUUGUUUGUUUGGGUGGAAUUUAAAGUGUUAAUGUGGUAAAUUGCUCGUCUGGAGGAUCGCUGCAAUAAAACAUCUGAAAACAAACCAAA